AUGUUGGCUUCGCGCAAUUUCCUUCGCUUAUCUAAUGCUAAUGUGCUAACUCGAGGAAUUUCUUCGUGGCAACUUACAUUUGAUAAUCAUGGGGAACCUCUUGAUGUGCUUUAUAAGCAGGAUGUUGGUCUUGAUUCUCCAAAAGAGAAGGAGGUGUUGGUCAACUUUCGUGCAUCUCCUAUAAAUCCAUCCGAUAUAGAUGCAGUUCAAGGAAUAUAUCCAGUAAAGCCAACUCUUCCUGGAGUCGGUGGUAAUGAGGGAGCUGGUUAUAUUGUUUAUGACAAACUUGGGGAACCCCUUGAAGUACUCAAAGAACAAAGUAUGAAACUCGAUUCAUUGAAGGAAAAUGAAGUUUUGGUUAAUUUUCGUGCAUCUCCAAUCAAUCCUUCCGACAUAAUGGUUAUAGAAGGGUUAUAUCCAGUGAAGCAUAAUUUUCCCGAUAUUGGUGGAAAUGAAGGUGCUGGAUAUGUCUUAGAAUGUGGACCCGGUGUUACAAAGUUAAAGCCCGGAGACCUAGUGAUUCCUGUUGAAUAUGGAAUAGGAACAUGGCGUAAUCUUGGAAUUUGUAACGAAUCGGAGUUGAUUCGUUUGAAUCCUAAACUCAGCUUAGAACAAGCCUGUGUAAUCGACGUGAAUCCAUGCACGGCGUAUUUACUUUUGAAGAAAUUCGUCGAGUUAAAACCUGGAAAUUGUGUGAUACAGAAUGGGGCGACUAGUACUUCUGCUAUUUAUCUAAUGCAGAUGUGCAAGCUUAUGGGUGUGAACUCAAUUAAUCUAUUUAGGGCAAGGGAUACCCCAGAAAAGACAGAAGCUACACGUCGAGCUCUGAUGGAAUUCGGCGCCACCCUGGCAGUAACAGAAGAGGAAUUGAAAGGAAUGAAGGACCUAUCAAAAUACGGUCCAAUAUGUAUUGGAUACGAUUGUCUAGGUGGAGAGGCCGCUUUAACGAUUUUGGACCACCUUAAACCAUCUGGAACGUUUGUGAACUACGGAGGAAUGCUGGGCAAGCCAAUUCCAGUUCACGUCAACUAUCUCAUCUUUAAUGACAUUCACAUACGUGGGUUUUGGCUUCCUGGGCGUGAAAAUGUUUCUAUGACUAUGGAAAAACGCAUGGAGAUGCUUAACGAGAUAUCGUCGUGGAUGAUUGAGGGCAAAAUCAGACCGGCUCCAGCUGAAAUGAUUCCUUUCACUGAAUGGAAAUCGGCAAUCUCUAAGUCGANUUAG